AUGCGUCUCCUCCUGCUCGUCGCCGCAUUCCACCCUCGUCUGCUCCUCUCCACCGCUCGUCCCCUCGCUCACCAAUGGCAGCGCGGGUUCGCGGCGAAGGACAUCCGGUUCGGCGUGGAGGCGCGGGCCGCCAUGCUGCAAGGCGUGGAGCAACUCGCCGACGCCGUGCGGGUCACCAUGGGACCCAAGGGGCGGCAAGUGGUGAUCGAGCAGCCAUACGGGUCUCCCAAGAUCACCAAAGACGGGGUGACGGUGGCGAGGAGCAUCGAGUUCAAGGACAAGCUCAAGAACCUCGGCGCCAGCCUCGUCAAGCAGGUCGCCUCCACCACCAACGACACCGCUGGCGACGGCACCACGUGCGCCACCGUGCUCACGCGCUCGAUUCUCCUGGAAGGGUGCAAGUCCGUCGCCGCGGGCAUGAACGCCAUGGAUUUGAGGAGAGGGAUCUCGCUGGCAGUGGAGCGGGUGAUUGAGCUGCUCAAGGAGCGCUCCAGACGCAUCAGCACUUCCGAGGAGAUCGCCCAGGUUGGCACCAUCUCGGCGAAUGGCGAGAGGGAGAUUGGGGAUUUGAUUGCGCGGGCCAUGGAGAAGGUCGGCAAGGAGGGCGUUAUCACUGUCGCGGACGGCAAGACGCUCUAUAACGAGUUGGAGGUGGUGGAGGGAAUGAAGUUCGACCGCGGCUACAUCUCGCCCUACUUCAUCACCAACCCCAAGACGCAGAAAUGCGAGCUGGAGAACCCCUUGGUGCUGGUGCACGAGAAGAAGAUCGCGGGGCUCAGCUCCAUCCUGCCCGUCCUUGAAAUCGCCCUCAAGUACCAGCGCCCGCUGCUGAUCAUUGCAGAGGACGUGGAGAGCGAGGCACUGGCGACAUUGGUGGUGAACAAGCUGCGGGCGGGGCUCAAGGUGUGUGCAGUGAAGGCGCCCGGGUUCGGCGAGAACAGGAAGAACAACAUGAUUGACAUCGCCACGCUCACCGCCUCCCAGCUGAUCAGUGAGGACCUGGGAUAUUCGUUGGAGAAGGUGGACGUGUCGCAUCUGGGCUCCGCCAAGAAGGUGACGAUAUCGAAGGACGACAGCAUCGUUCUGGAUGGAGCUGGCGACAAGAAGGCCCUGGAGGAGCGGUGCGAGCAGAUCCGAGAGGCGGUGGCCAACGCCACGUCAGACUACGACAAGGAGAAGCUGCAGGAGCGCCUGGCGAAGCUGUCUGGCGGUGUGGCCGUGCUCAAGAUCGGGGGGGCCAGCGAGGUGGAGGUGGGGGAGAAGAAGGACCGGGUGACGGACGCUCUGAACGCCACCAAGGCCGCCGUGGAGGAGGGCAUUGUGCCGGGCGGCGGUGUGGCUCUGCUCUAUGCGUCCAGGGAUCUCGACACUCUUACCGCGGAGAACUUCGACCAGAAAGUCGGCAUUCAGAUCAUCCGGGACGCGCUCAGGACGCCAGCGCUGACCAUUGCGAACAAUGCGGGCGUGGAGGGGGCAGUGAUCGUGGGGAAGCUGCUGGAGCAGACAAACCUCGACUGGGGCUACGACGCUGCCAAGGGCGAGUACGUGGACAUGGUGAAGGCCGGAAUCAUCGAUCCCCUCAAGGUAAUCCGCACGGCGCUCGUGGACGCUGCCUCUGUGGCUUCUCUCAUGACCACCACCGAGGCUGUUGUCGUUGACCUUCCGGAAGAUCCCAAGCCCAGCCCCAUGGGCGGCAUGGGCGUCCUUGCGGAAUCCGGCUACGGCCCGCUCAUCGCGGCGGGAAGUGCGCCGCUUUACAAGGGCGGCAAAGGCUGCGGCGCCUGCUACAAGGUGCGCUGCGUGGACAGCAAGUGGUGCAAGGACGCGGAAAUCACGGUGCCAAUAACGGACUUCUGUCCGGGCGGCGGAGUGUGUUGCGCCACGUGCACGCACUUCGACCUCAGCCAGCCCGCGUUCGGCAUCAUCGCGGACCCCGUCGCAGGAGUCAUUCCGCUCGCCUACCAGCGGGUGCCCUGCUCGUUCCCCACGUCGAUCACCUUCCGCGUGACCGGCACCAACUACUGGAUGAACGUGCUGCUGCUGCGCGUGGGCGGGCCGGGGGAGGUUGCUCUGGUGGAGGUGUCAUCUAAGAACGACCCCAACUGGCGCCCGCUAACGCACGACUGGGGCACGAAUUGGGUCAGCUGGACAUAUAUCGAGGGGCCGUUGAAGUUUCGGCUUACAUCGGGGAUGGACGGGGCUGUGAUUACAACGGGGGAGAAUUGCGUUCCGGCGAUUUAUCCUGGGGAUUACACUUGCGGCGCGCAGUUCACGAGUGGGUAUAACAGUUCGGAUACCAACGGGGAUGGUGGGAGCAACAGCAGCGUGGGGAACAGCACAGAAGCUCCUCCUUCGGCCGAAGCAGCACUGCUGGUGGCGGCCCCACCACCGGUACUCCCAAUGCUGACGUGUCCCCUGCCGCGUCAGCAUCCUCUCCUGCUCCCACCGGCCGCAAGGUCAAUGCGGGCGGCAGCAGCACUGGCAGCCAAGGCAGCAGCAGCAGCAGCAGCAGCAGUGGCAGUGGCAGCAGCAGCAGCGGCAGUAGCAAUGAUCCCACCAUCCCCUCAACCCUCAUCCCCCCUCAAACCGGAGAAGACGUUCCUAUAG